AAGUAUGUCACGUCCGGCGGGGCGGCGUUGGGAGAUGGCGGCUGAACGAGCGGGAGGUGGUGGUACCGGGCUUGGGGAAGGAGCGGCCGAUUCGGGGCCCGGCGCCGGCGGCACUGACCAGCUGCACCAGGACAACCCGUUGCUUAAUCUUCCCAUCGUCGCCAUCGACUCCAUCCUCGGGCUGAUGGCUUAUGACGAGAUCAGCGGUCUGCGGCUGGUGUGCAAGCGGAUGGACGCAAUCUGCCAGCGUCUGCUGAACCAGGGCUUCCUGAAGGUCGAGAGGUAUCACAGCCUGUGUCAGAAACAGGUCAAAGCCCAGCUUCCACGUCGGGAAUCGGAGCGCAGGAACCACUCGCUGGCACGCCACGCGGACAUCUUGGCUGCGGUGGAGACCAGGCUCUCCCUCCUCAACAUGACCUUCAUGAAAUAUGUCGACACCAAUCUCUGCUGCUUCAUUCCAGGCAAGGUGAUAGAUGAGAUUUACCGGGUACUGAGGUACGUGAAUUCCACCCGGUCCCCACAGCGAGCCCACGAAGUUCUGCAGGAACUGCGCGACAUCUCCUCCAUGGCUAUGGAAUACUUUGAUGAAAAAAUCGUCCCCAUCCUGAAGAAGAAACUGAGUAAUUCAGACAUGUCGGGUCGCCUGCUGGGAGUGGCACCAGUUCCCGGACCAUCCACUGCCCUGACAGCCGUACAGCUCUUCUCUAAGCAAAACCCUGCUCGACAGGAACUGUGCAAGCUGCAGCAGCAGGUGAAAGCCCAAGGGCUGAACGUGACCAGCACCCGACGUGAGGUGUCAGAGAUCCGGGUCAAGCUGCAGGAACAGCUCAAACAGCUGCAGGACCAGGACCAGAAGAUCCUGGAGCAGAACCAGAUCAUCGGGGAGCAGAACGCCCGGCUGGCCGAACUGGACCGUAAGCUGGGCGAGCACACCCUCAAGCACCAGCAGAGCGAGCAGAAGAUUAAGGACCUGCAGGAGCUGCUGGAGCAGGUCAUUGCGACCAGGGCAAGGGGUGGACAGAUGCCCAGCGGGCAGAACAAACGCAAGAACGGCUCGCCUGAGGGCAGUACCAAGCGUCUCCGGAGCCGGAAGUGAGCCGGCAUUCCGGAGGGUAGUGGUUUAUUGUUCCCGUGUCUAUCUGUCAGUGUGUGUGUGUGCAGGCGUGACUAUUCCUGGUGGAGUGCAGCACGGCGUCUUGCAGGUCAGGAGGGCGGGCUCAGUGUUGUGGGGCGGGGGUGGAACCCAGCCUGCUCCGGUCACUGGCAUCACAUGGAUGGGGCACAGGAAGACUGACUGGUCACUGAGGGCGGAGCUAAACUAGGUGCUCAGUACUGGGUGUUUGGCCUAGAUAAUGGGAAAAUUAAUACCUUCCCUUCCCAGCUCGCACUAACAGUUGUUUGGUUCAUCUCCUAGUCUAGGGUGGCAGGGUUAAGUUCUGCCGUCCACUUGAUCUUGGGUAAUGGAGGGUUAAACUCAUUCCUCUCCCCAUUCCCCCCCCCCCCCGUGCCUUUGAUCCUGGAUAAUAAAGAGUUAAAUUCUGUACCCUACUCAAUCCUGGGUAUUAGAGGGUUAAAUUGGGUCCCUCUGUCCCACUAACAGGGUUAAAUUGUCCCAUCUCUUGGCCUUGUAACAGAGAACAGAUUUACUCCCUCCUCUUCACUGGAUCCCGGGCAGUUAAUGAGGGGUAAACUCCAUCCCCCUCCUCUGGUCCUAGCGCCAAGCAGGGGUUAUUGACCAUUCUCUGGUCCUGAGUCAUAAAUGCUCUCACUGUUCUGAGUCGCUCAUCCUAAAUAAUGGAGAGUUAGACCAGCUCCUUUUGAGGUCUGGGGUCACAAGGGUUAAAUUAUAUUCUGCUUCCUGCGUUGUGUACUGCAGAUUGAAUUCCAGUAGUACCCCAAUGAGAGUUCCAGGGUAAUAGAGAGUUCGACCCUCCCCCAGAACCAGGUAGGGAAGAGUUGGAUGUCUGGCUCACCCACAUACCCCAGCUGGGGCUGUUCAGCGGAGCCUAGCGGAUACACAGCAGAUUUGGGGGGAACUGGGGGAAAUGAGAUUUGCCCACAUCUCAUUGGAUGACCUUGGAAGUGGAGGUUGGAGCUAGCAGCCUGUCAGUAGGGUGCCUCCAUAGCUUGAGACCCGUAGUUUCCCCUCCUGUGCUGUGCAUAGCCCAGGGACAGGCACCGGUCAGGCUCUAGACUGGCCAGGUGACCGCUAGAACCUUGCGUUCACACAGUUGCCCUGGGUCUGGGGUGGUUGACCCUCAGAAAUGGUAAAGCAGUUCCCCGGGCAUCAUCGCUGAGCUGGAGGGGAAGGUCAGAAUGGGGAAAGGGCAGACAAAAAGUGACCCUAUGUAGCCCCAAGGUUACGGGAGUGAGUGGAGCCCGGAAUCUUUGUGCCAGUGGCCAACAGAGGCUGGGUGCAAGUGUGGGACUGUUCUGUUGAGAGCACAAACCCGGGGUUGGAGGUGGGGAGGAUCGCCCACCUUCCUUGUAUUACUAGAGCCUCCCUAGCUCUGCCUAGGGCUCCCACACCACUAACCACUGUUGAUGGGUUGAAGUCUCCUCCAUCCCUUUUUCACUACGCUGCUAGUAACCACACUCCUGUGCAGACUUUUGGGACCAUGGCAGUUUCAAGUCAUCUGGCCUCCUCUGCAGGAAGUGGAUUUCAUCCUGCACUCAUCCCCUCAAUGCCAGCACCAUGAACACAGUUGGUGUUGGGGUCUGUGUUGGUGAACAACAGGCUCUUUGUCUUUCCACUCGGCAACCUUCCUCUUGUCCACCUUCUCACUCUGAGAGGGACCAUAAUUAACCCACAUUAAUUCGAGUCAAAUUUCCUCUACUGUCUAUGUUGUGGCCUGAUCGUCACCCAACAUCCCAUCAGCAGGUCGGACUUUGAGAGGUACACAGUUGUCACUUUUGUGAUAAUUACCCCCUCAAAGUCCUUGACAUUGUGGUAUUGUCUCAAGACUUUGAGCUUCCCAUGUGCACCUGUCUCCUACUGAGGUAUAAUACCACUGAACUCAAUACAUUAAUAAGGAGAAUCUGAGCUCUGGAGAAGUUCCCAUUGAUGUCAGGAGGGUCCUGAAGGUCUGGUGUCCUUGUACAGAUGUCUUGCUGUUGUGCUGUAAUGUAACUGAACCUCAUUCACACAUAUCCUCCUCCCUGACCGAUAGGCAACUGGGAAGUUGCGUUCAUUACUUCCACUAUUUGGUGAUGGAAUUGGGGUGCCACAGGCGUGAAACGCUUGGUGGGGUAGGUUUUGGUAUGUCACUGCAUUUACCCGGAACAAGACAUCUCAACCAUUCAUCUGCUUCCUGACCACAAACCUUGGGAGGUUGUAUUGCAGGACAGAGCAUUGGCCUUGGCUGUGGUGAUCCCACGGAGCUAUCAUCGACUGUGAGAUGGAAGUCCCUGAUAUGGAACGUUGGUGGUGUUCCGCCUGUGUAAGGGGUGGGGUGUACCUCACCACCAGGGGAGGGCACAGCACGUCCUGGGAUGUUUGGGAGCUUCUGAUGAAAGUAACUUGAUAUGCAGGGGAAGGGGUGUUUGUAAGGUGGGACUGUACACUGCUGUUUUAUCACACAGCGAUGGUUAAUUCUUUAAUGGUUGUUGUCAGCUGAAAAAUAAGUAAUCUUUAAAAAGAAAAGCAGCCCACUGUGUCCGUGGUGGGUGGAGUUGUUCUUUC